CGGGCGGGCUGCGGGCCUCGCCUGCCUCGCCUCGCCUCGCGUAGGAAAGGCGGGAGGGCGCACGCCAGGGCUGCUCGCUCGCUCGCCGGCUCCCCCCCUCUCUCUCUGCCAGUGGGUUUAGUCAGUCAGUCAGCAGCCGGCGGGCCGUCGAGCCGCGGAGGGCCCGAGCCUCGGACUCCGGCGCCGCCUCCUGCCAUUGUUCGUCUGGCUGUAGCAGCGACGGGCGCGGGAGCCCGGGCCCGGGAGCUACCGCAAAAUCAUGACAACAGAGAAGAGUUUAGUGGUUGAGGCUGAAAAUUCUCAGCACCAACAACAGAAGGAGGAAAGUGAAGGAGCCACAAACUCAGGCCAACAAGAAACUCAGCUGGAAGAGGCUUCCCAAGCAGCGGCUGAGGGAGAUAAUCAGUGUGAGCAGAAGCGGAAAACAUCCAAUGGAGACACUCCUACCCAUGAAGACUUGACCAGGAACAAGGAGCGGACGGCAGAAAGCAGGGGCCUGUCUCGACUGCUCUCCUCAUUUCUCAAAAGGCCCAAAUCUCAGGUCUCUGAGGAAGAAGGCAAAGAGAUAGAGUCAGAUAAAGAGAAAGGUGAAAGAGGGCAGAAAGAGAUAGAAUUUGGAACCAGCCUGGAUGAAGAGAUCAUUUUAAAGGCCCCAAUUGCAGCUCCAGAACCUGAGCUCAAAACAGACCCAUCCUUGGAUCUUCAUUCAUUAAGCAGUGCAGAAACACAGCCAGCUCAGGAAGAACACAGAGAAGAUCCAGAUUUUGAAACUAAGGAAGAAGGAAUUGAAGAGUGCUCCAAAGCAGAAGUAAAAGAAGAUCCUGAAGCAAAAGCAGAAAGAGAUUUAAAAGCUUCCCAGAAAUCUGUCAGGAGACACAGAAACAUGCAUUGCAAGGUCUCAUUGCUGGACGACACAGUUUAUGAAUGCGUUGUGGAGAAACAUGCUAAGGGACAAGAUUUGCUUAAACGAGUAUGCGAGCAUCUCAAUCUUUUGGAAGAAGACUACUUUGGUCUAGCCAUUUGGGAUAACACAACCUCUAAGACAUGGCUGGAUUCUGCCAAAGAAAUAAAAAAGCAGGUUCGAGGCAUCCCUUGGAAUUUCACAUUUAACGUAAAGUUUUAUCCACCUGAUCCAGCACAGUUAACAGAAGACAUAACCAGAUACUAUUUAUGUCUUCAGCUUCGGCAGGACAUCGUUGCAGGACGUCUCCCCUGUUCCUUUGCAACCUUAGCAUUACUAGGUUCUUACACCAUCCAGUCUGAGCUUGGAGACUAUGACCCAGAACUCCAUGGCGUGGAUUAUGUUAGUGAUUUUAAACUGGCCCCGAAUCAGACCAAGGAACUUGAAGAAAAGGUCAUGGAACUGCAUAAAUCAUACAGGUCCAUGACUCCAGCUCAGGCUGACUUGGAAUUUCUGGAGAAUGCCAAAAAGUUGUCUAUGUAUGGAGUUGACCUUCAUAAAGCAAAGGACUUGGAAGGAGUGGAUAUCAUCCUAGGUGUCUGCUCUAGUGGCCUUUUGGUUUACAAAGAUAAGUUAAGAAUUAACCGUUUUCCUUGGCCCAAAGUACUGAAGAUCUCUUAUAAACGUAGCAGUUUUUUCAUCAAGAUCCGGCCUGGAGAGCAAGAACAGUAUGAAAGUACCAUUGGAUUCAAACUUCCCAGUUACCGAGCAGCUAAGAAAUUAUGGAAAGUCUGUGUAGAGCAUCACACAUUUUUCAGACUGACUUCUACAGAUACCAUUCCCAAAAGCAAAUUUCUUGCCCUGGGAUCCAAAUUUCGUUACAGUGGCCGGACUCAAGCUCAGACCAGGCAAGCUAGUGCUCUAAUUGACAGGCCUGCCCCACACUUUGAACGUACAGCAAGCAAACGGGCAUCCCGGAGCCUUGAUGGAGCAGCAGCUAAUGAUUCAGCAGACCGAAGUCCUCGGCCCACCUCUGCACCAGCCAUUGCUCAGGGUGAAGUCACAGAAGGCGGUGUCCCAGGGGCGCCUGUCAAAAAAACACAGAAGGAAACAGUGAAGGUUGAAGUGAAAAAGGAAGAGGAACCACCUGAGCAAGCUGAACCAGAGCCCACAGAAGCGUGGAAGGUGGAAAAAACCCACAUCGAGGUCACAGUACCCACCUCAAAUGGUGACCAAACACAGAAGCUUGCCGAAAAAACUGAAGAUCUGAUAAAAAUGAGGAAGAAAAAGAGAGAGAGACUAGAUGGUGAAAACAUUUAUAUCAGACAUAGCAAUUUAAUGUUGGAGGACUUAGACAAAAGUCAAGAAGAGAUCAAAAAACAUCAUGCUAGCAUCAGUGAGCUGAAAAAGAACUUCAUGGAGUCUGUACCAGAACCACGGCCUAGCGAAUGGGACAAACGCUUAUCUACUCACUCCCCCUUUCGAACUCUUACCAUCAAUGGGCAAAUCCCCACAGGAGAAGGAAGUAUAAAUGGCAUUCGCACAGAGGAAGUGGCUGUCAUGACAAAAGGGCCUGCUAAGCCUGACUCUGAAUGGGAGGGCCCCAAGCAGCCAGUAGUUCCUAGUCAGAGGCAGAUGACCGGCCCAUCGGAGUCUCCACAAAGCUUUGACGUUGGCUCCCUCUCCAUAAGCAGCAAGGAGGCAGAAGAGAAGGAGCAGGGGGCAGCUGGCUGUCUUGAUAUUAAGGAAAUGCCAGGAGGCCCGAGUGGGGAAUGUGUGGGAGUGGAGGAGGCCAGUACCUUAAAGUUCUCAGUAUCACCAGCUUCCUGUCAGCUGCAGCUUGGUGAAAAAAGGGCAGACAGUGGUGAAGAACCUGUUACACCAGGACAGCCACUUGGAAAACUGAAUGGAUCGUUUCUUGACCCUCGUGUGGGUAACCAGUUCCCCGCCUUGAUUCGCAGUUUCCAGCCUCCACUGGUGAAGACUCAGACUGUCACCAUCUCAGACACUGCCAAUGCUGUGAAAAGUGAGAUACCCACCAAAGACGUCCCUAUUGUCCACACUGAGACCAAGACUAUCACGUAUGAGGCUGCCCAGACUGAUGACAGCAAUGGGGACUUAGACCCAGGAGUCCUGCUGACAGCACAGACCAUCACAUCUGAGACCACAAGCAGCACCACCACAACUCAAAUUACCAAGACUGUAAAAGGUGGGAUUUCAGAGACCCGGAUUGAAAAGAGAAUUGUGAUUACAGGAGAUACUGAUAUUGACCACGAUCAGGUCCUCGUACAAGCCAUCAAGGAGGCAAAGGAGCAGCACCCAGACAUGUCAGUGACCAAGGUGGUCGUCCAUCAGGAGACGGAGAUCUCUGAGGAAUGAGCUCAGGAACUGUCCUACCCCCAGCUCCCUGCCCUUCUCCCAUCCAAGAGAAACCAGCAAAAUGAUUGGGAAGCCAACCUGCAAUAGUCAGACUUUAGACUUGCAAGUUAUCCUAAACCACCAGAAAAUUAAUUUCUUUUUCUAUUUUGAAUUUAUAACAAGAGAUUCUUCUAGAUAUCACUGAUUCUUUUGAAGAUCUUUUUCUAUAUUGUGAUACCAGAAAUUGUUCAACUUUUCACUCUGUGGACUGUUUUUAAAGAGUUCUUGGCUUUUUUACGGGGUAGUUUGUAACCCCUGCAACCUACCCUCUCCCUGAUUAUUUCCAACCCAGAUACGGACAGGGUCCUCAGAAUUCUGCAGGAUCCUCCAGAGACUCUGUCUGUCGUGUUGGAGGCCAAAGCCAGCGCCAUGGGACAUCCCACUCUUCCCGUAGUCUUACACCCUUUGGAUGACAACAGAAACUUCAUGAGCCAGCUUUUUCAGAACCAAUGAUGUGACUUUGCCAGAAUGUCAGGCAGGGUGACUGCCCUGACACACAGCUCUCAGAACGAUGUCCUGUCAGGCUGUUUUUGGUGAAGCGGAGACCUCUGCUGAGAAUGUAGUAUUAUUUUACCCCCUUCCCCACCGCUCUUUCAGUUUUGGAGCUUCUUUAAGUCAGACAAAAGAAGUUGCUUCCGCUAUAUCUGAUACUGUGAAUGUUUGAACAUAUCUGUGGCCUUUAUCUCCCCCUUUUCCCUUGUACCUCAUAAGAAACAGUGACUCUGCCAAGCUCCCAUCUCAGGAGACCAAAACUCACGGAAAAAUAAGCACUUUUGGCCAGAAGUUCUAAUGGAACAUUUUAAUGGUGGUUCGGGGAAGGGAAGAUAAUGAAGUUUUAAAAAUAAGGUCUUCUAGUUCUGGGAGCAUGUACUUCACAGAGGGGAAUGUGGAGUUUACCUCAGUCAGAUCCUGCUAAGCAGUACUUCCAGGUGGUUGUGCCUCUUUCUCUUCUGGUGUGAUGACAGACGUGGGUCAGAGUGGUCGUAUUCUUUGACCUUUCUUCCUCUGACAGGCAGCUGCCUGAGGGCACCCGUUUGGAGUGAGGGUAUUGCAGGUUUAGGGGCCAACUGUCCCACAGGCCACCACACAGAGGCCCAGGUCUGCUCAUGCCCACUCACCGCCUGAGGUCUGCUGGGUUCUCUAGCCUUGAUUUUGCAGUGGGUUUUGGAUUUGAGGUUGUUUUUUUUUUUUCUGGUCUUGGUUUUAAAAUGAGGCUUGAUCUCCCCAAUUCCUGGUGGGGAUUUGGAGGCAUUUUAUUCAGUAGGGCUUCUCUAAUCUUCCGGCUUGCUUCCUGCAACAGAUCUGCCUGGAAGCUUCUUAGAAUCCUAAUUCUAGGCCAGAAGUGAACUUCAUGAGAUGAGACAGUGGGUCACUGACAGCUAUCGCUGGGGGCUGACGGGCAUGAGCAUGAGAGAAGCCUAAAAGCCAGCAGCGCAGUAUCUCUACUAGCUGAGUUUUUAGACAGAAUCAGCUGGUUUGAACUGAUUGCGAGUGUGUGCAUUUUCCCUUUAGUGCUCAUGUGAGACUUAGCCAGGGAGCCCUCUCUCCGGAGGGAUAGGACAGCACCAGUGGGAUCCGCCACAGGCCUUGGGGGAAAGCAGCUUGCCCUGUCUCGGGAACAGGCUUGCCGGCUGUGGCACAGGGUCUGCAGUGAUGGGCUCUGGGUGCGGCCCAGGCCAGGGCUGUGUUGGCAGCAGUGGCGGAAGUUGUAACUAGGUCCCAUCCAACAAGCAUGUAAUGGAGCUUGCUUCUCAAGGCCAGCUGUCCUGCUAGCCCAGCUGCAGGGCUCACAGCUCAGCCUGUGGGAUGAAGGGGAUGGAGGAAAGAAGGCACACAUGGCCACUUGGGACCCUGACAACUCUGUGCUGCUGGACCCGUGUCGCAGCUCUCAGCACAGGACCCCAGACCAAGGGGACGAGCCCUCCACAGCUCUCCCACCAGCUAACUCCGCUCCACCUCCUUUGUCUGUAAAUUGGACCAGAACUCUAAUUUCCUUCCAAGCCUCUUCCCCCUUCCUCUCUGGCAACAGAUCUUGAGGUUUGGAAAUUGUUUUGAUUUUUUUUUUCUUUCUGCAGUUGUGUGUGUGUGUGCACACGCGUGUGUGAAGACUCUGUCCAGGUAGAACUGGUGAAGGCGGGGAGGACAGUUACACUUCCAGGGUCAGAGACUUGGCUACAGUUUUUCUAAAAUGACUCAGACACACCACAGUAACAACUCUCGCUGCAAUUUUAUUUUUACUUUAGAAAUAAAAAUUUCCUUCAAACCAUGUGAGAUCUCUGCCACCUACCCACACAGCAAGACCUACAUUCACAAGCCAAGGGCUCCAGGAGCCUAACUGCAGGGACCCGCCAGGCACCUUCACCGCACCUCCCCCGGGCCACCACUGUAUUCUGGGGGACACAGAACAUCAGGGUGAAGCGCCCCAGGCCACCCUGGGAACGGGAGCCAGAGCUAUGGCCUGCCCAGAGCCCCUUGGUGCUCUCGGGAAAUCUCUGCCCAGGAUCUCAGCCCCAGGCUGCUCAUUUUUACAAAUCUCUCAAAUGUAUUGUUUUGGUGACAAAAAUGAAGGAGCUUUGUAAAUUUUUAAAAAAAUUAUGAAUCACACAAAGUAGUUGUUUACAUUUCUCGACAAAAUAGGAACUACAGCAGCAGAAUCAAAUUGGCAAAAUCCUUAGAUUAAAUAGGCAAUAAUUAGGUCUGCUGUUUUGGCUUUUUGUAGUAAGAAAGUGGUCGUAGUGUUUAGAUACGUGUUUGGUCUUGGCUUCUUGUAUUGCAUUUUCCAAUAAACUUUAAAAAAAAAAA